GUUUCUCAUCUACAAACAUGAGCAAGGAAAUCUACUAUUCCGAUAAAUAUUACGAUGAAAAGUACGAGUACAGGCAUGUGGUGCUACCAAAGGAGCUGGUCAAAUUGGUGCCCAAGACACACUUAAUGUCGGAAGCGGAAUGGCGUUCGAUUGGAGUACAGCAGUCUCGUGGCUGGAUACAUUACAUGAUCCACAAACCUGAGCCGCAUAUUCUUUUGUUCCGACGACUUAUACAGCAGUGAACAUUCCAACGCAUC